AUGGAUUUCAAGAGAAUCCAACAUCGAAGAAGUACAAAUUACGACAAUGUAGGAGGUUCGUUUUUUAUUAAACCGAGGUCUUUUAAGAUAAAAUCCUACGCUCAUGAAGCUCUGACACAACAAUUGGUAUCAAACCCUAAUUUGGCAUUGGCGCAGAUGUUGAAAAAAAAGAGGAGUGUCACAAGUGUUACCCAAAAGGUACCCAAAAUUCCAGUAGUAGAUUUCUCCCAAGAGGGUUGCUUGAAGCCGGGAACAAGUUCUUGGCUCUCAGUACGUGGGAAUGUUUGCCGCGCACUUGAAGAGUUUGGCUGUUUCAUGGCAGUCCUGCCCAACAAAGUUUCACCUGAGCUUCAGGACCGCAUGUUUGGGACAUUAAAAGAGCUGUUUGAUUUCCCAAUUGAAACUAAAGCUCAAACUCCGCAGGAAAAACCUGUAACUGAUGGUUAUACAUCUACGCCUUUCCAUGAAAGCUUGGCAGCUGGUACAGACAGUGAAAAAUCACGCACAUUCGAACAUCACUUUUGGCCUAAUGGAAAUGAUCAAUAUCGUGAGAGUGCUGAUGUGUAUACAAAAGUGAUGGCAGAACUACAACAAGUGGUGACAAGAAUGGUAUUCGAAAACUAUAAUGUAGAAAAAUACCAUGAUGAUCACGCCCAAUCGAUUGUAUCCGCUCUCCGCUUUAUGAAAUAUAAGAAACCCGAGAAAACCGGAACUGGACAGGGUCUACCCGCGCAUGCAGACAAGACUUUUACUACCAUACUCCACCAAAAUCAUGUCAAAGGUCUUGAAAUAUAUACAAAAGAUAACAAAUGGAUUGGUUUUGAUCCUUUGCCUUCAUCUUUCCUGUUCAUGGCGUGCGAAGGAUUUCAGGUUUGGAGCAACGACAGAAUAUCAUUUUGUAAACAUAGAGUCAGUUUGAACAGAAAUGAGGUAAGAUCCUCUUUUGGACUAUUUUCGUACUUGGAAGGGGUGAUACGCGCACCGGACGAGCUUACCGCCGAGGACCACCCCCUGAAGUACAAGCCAUUGCAUAUGUUGGAUUACGUUCAAUUUUUUCUGGACAAUCAUCGUAAUGUUGGAGUAGGGUAUUCUGUCAAGGAACAUUGCGGAAUUUGAUUUCCAUGUUCAAAGGCUCAAAAGCUCAAAGGCUCCAAGCUUAGCUUAUCCCCUACCGUCUCUCUCUUUCAAAACGUUUUGUGCUUUUUCUUUUUUAUUUUAGCAACCAUGUUGUGUGUUUGUUUUCAAUUACAAAUGGAAUUAUGUCAUUAGUGUUGCUAUAUUUAAAUAAAUUCAUCACCACUUCAAAAUAGUCAUCUUGUACUAAUAAGUGCAACUUCCAUCACAUAUCAAAUUCGUAAGAGUUUCUAAUAUGCUCCGCAGUAACCCAUACACCAAAUUUUGCAAGUCAAAUUCUUGGUUAGGUUCCAAUAAUCAAGAUCUAUUGGUCAAAAAUCUCGAUGUAUAAGAUACACCAGAGCAUUGUACAAUUUCUUUUCUUCGAAAUAUGGUACAAUAGGAUUUUGACCAUUAAAAUUCUUGGUUAAGGA